AACAAAAAUUAAAUCAACCAAUCAGCGUUUUGGGGGUUGGGUCCCUCCAAAAAGAAAAGGAAAACAUUUUUUAAAAAACUAUAUUCUGUGCAUGUAAAUAUAAUUUGUUUUUUACUUAGAGUAAAAAAUAAUUAACACCCGUGACAAGUCUGCAUGUGUUUUUCGAAUUUAUUUUUUACUGCCUUUCAUUACGGAGGAGCAUCUGACUUUUUUCUUACCUCUGACACCCGCCUGUCAUCAGAAAAGAUCAUCAACGCAUGACCUUAAAAAAAAAAAAUCAUAAACAGUUAAUUAAAGUCGUCGUUAUUAAUUAUGGCAACCUGGCGCUAGGCUCGUCUUCAACAAAAAGAAGAACAGCUGCAAGAUGUCAGGUGCGAAGACGUACGACGACCACCAGCCCACGACGACCACAGAGAGCGGCGUUCCGUCGGUGCCGCCAAGGAAUCCGGACGAGCAGGAAGGAACGGCCCAGGUCGUCACUCCCCCGGAGGAUAGCGUGGGAGUCACCAAAGUGCACCCGGACGACGGACCCGAAACGGCGGACAGCGUCAGGAUGUUGACCGACGAAGUGUCGCAGAUCCAAGAGGUGAGGUACUGUCUGAAGACGCUCAGGGAGCAGAUGGCGGCCAGGCAAAACGGUAACAUCAAGAAAUAUCCCACCAAUGGCUACGCAGUCAAUAACAUACCCCACAACCUGACACCCGUCGCCAAUGGCAACACCACAUGCAGUUACACUGAGCAUGAUGACGGCGCCGAUCAUCACGUGCAGCACCUGAGGGAAGAAACCAAGCGCCUCUACGCCCAGAUAAAAGACUUGGAGAGUCGACAUCGGGAGGAGAGGGAGAGACUCCAGACGGAGUCGGAAGAGCAGCGGGCGCGCCUGCGGGCGCAGUCGGAGCGUCUCCAGCGGGCGGAGACGGAGUCGUCCGCGCGAGGGCGGCGGGUGGAGGAGCUGCAGAGGCUGCUGGGGAACUUGGAGGCCGAGAGCGGACUCCUGCGGGACAAAAUGGCCGCCGGCGAGGCCGAACUGCUGCGGCUCCAGGCGGACGACGGCGAAGGGGAGGAGAAAGUGGAACGGUGUGGCCAGUUGGAAACGGAAGUUGCCGUGCUGAAGGAGAAAAUCCACCACCUGGACGACAUGCUCAAGUGUCAACAGAGGAAAGUGCGAAAUAUGAUUGAACAGCUGCAGAACUCCCGUACCAUCCUUCAGGAGCGAGAUCGAGUCAUCGGGGAUCUGGAGGAGAAGGUGGCCUUCCUGGAAGCCGAGAACCGAGAGAUGCACGACCACAUGGAGCACUUCCUUUCGGGCCGGGACCCCCCGCCCCUCAAAAGCGCCGAGAACAAGCCGGUCAUCAUCUACAGCAAACCUCUGAUGCCGUCCACCCACAGCAACAAGACCCUCCCCUUCAUCAAAGUCAUCGAGAUCAAGUCGUGAAUGAAGGACACCGACCAGUUUUCGUGUAAAUAUGUAUUGAACAAGUGCGUUUCGUCUCACUGCCGAUAAUCUUUUUUUUUUUUUUUUUUUUUUUUUGCCAAUACUGAAUCAAGUGCGCGUUUAACGACGAUAGACGUGGCAACCUAAUCCAGAGUGACGGCUGAGUUGUAGUGAAUGUGAAUUUAUACACUAAAGUGCGCUCGCUCCGUUUGUGUCCACUUACGUUGGAUUUGAGGUUUAGCCACCGCGUGAACUGAUAAGACACAACUGAAUUUCAACCACUCACAAAUUUCAAGUUAGGGGGAGUGCACUGUAAAGGAAAUAAAAAGUAUUUACAUGAGAAUAAAGUUGUAACCCUG